GUAGGUUGUGUGUGUGUGUGUCGGUUGUGGUGUGUUCUGUUCCUAUAUUUGGACAAUUGGUAACUUUUGACAGCCACGCUAACAGUCCAGCAGGCUGAUGGUAAACUGGCCUAAGCCUUUAUCUCACUCUGACUGCCGUUUUGACUAUCUGUGAAUUGGAUACUAUUCUGUUCUGUGGGGACUUUCCCUUCUUUUUAAUGUUGACAGCAACAAUUCUUGACACUGCAGUCUUAUUUUUUUUGCAAAGCAAUGCUUCUGCCCGGUUGGAGUAUGACAGGAACAGAAGGUGUUUGUAGUGUAGAAAUCGUUUGAUGGUAAUUUGUUCAUUUGUAUGAGUGUUUUUUCCUUUGGACAGUUUCUUGUCAAACAAGCACAACAGACAAAUCAUGACUGAAAGUUACUGAGAGAACAGGUGUAGAAACCACGCCUUCUAAACUACAUUUUUCUCCCAUUAGACCUGGUGUCGCUGUUCGACCUGGAGAAUGACCUCCCAGACGAGCUGAUCCCCAACGGGGACCUGGGUGGCCUGAUGGGCAUGCCCUCCAACGGUGCCCCUGGUGGGGGGGGAGGAGUGCCUGGAGGAGGUCCCCGGGGCCUGGGCUCCAUGGUCCCUGAUGCUGCCGCCAAACACAAGCAGCUGUCUGAGCUCCUGAGAGCGGGCGGUGCUGGGUCCGGUGGCAUGGGCCCCAUGAUGGGGAAAGUCCCCAUGGGCCAGGGCUCGCCCAACCAAGCCCAGAAAGGAAGCCCCGCCAGUGGACAACAAGGCAACGGCUCCAUGGCGGGCUUCAACCAGGCUAUGAUGAACAGCCAUGGACACGGGAUGCCGGGCCAGGUGAUGAACGGGGCCCUGGGGCCGGCAGGACGGGGCAGGCUGGGGCUGCAGCAGUACCAGGUCCAGGCCAUGCAGGGUGCUGCCGGGGGCGUGGGGCCGGGAGGCAGCAGUGUGCUGGCUGAGACUCUGGCUCAGGGAGGAGGACAGAUGGGAGCUCACAACGCCAUGAACGCCCAGCAGGCUAGCAACAUGAAUAAGAUGGGUAUGGCUGGCAGUCCUUUUGGGCAGCAGUACGGUCAAGGCGGGGCCCAGCAGCAGAUGGGGGUGAACGCCCAGCAGCAGCUCCGGAACAAGGCAGCCCUUGCCAACAGCCUGCCCCCCUUCCCCAGUGACCUGAAAGGGGCCAACAGCCUGCCCCCCUUCCCCAGUGACCUGAAAGGGGCCAGCAGCAUGCCAAACCUGGCCCAGAUGCAGCAGGUAUCCUCCAUGGUCCCUGGCGGUGGGGUGUCUGCAGCGACGGCGAGCCACACGGCCGACCCAGAGAAGCGCAAGCUCAUCCAGCAACAGCUGGUCCUGCUGCUCCACGCCCACAAGUGCCAGCGGCGGGAGCAGGCCAAUGGGGAGGUGCGGGCCUGCGCCCUGCCACACUGCCGCACCAUGAAGAACGUCCUCAACCACAUGACCCACUGCCAGGCCGGCAAGUCCUGCCAGGUGGCUCACUGUGCGUCGUCCAGACAGAUAAUUUCUCACUGGAAGAACUGCACGCGGCAUGACUGUCCCGUCUGCCUGCCGCUGAAGAACGCCAGCGACAAAAGGAACCAGCAGCCCAUGCUGGGUUCGCCCGGCGCCAGCCUGCAGAGUGCCAUCAAUGCCACGGUGGGCACAGGCCCUCCCGGCAGCUCCCCGGGUUCCUCCAUGAACAGUGGUGGGGUCAGCAGCGGGCACAUCGACCCCAGUUCCAUGCAGCGGGCCUACGCUGCCCUGGGCCUGCCCUAUGGUAACCAGUCCCCUGCUCAGGGACAGGGAGGACCUGGAGGACAGAACACAGCCCAGGGAGGGCAGCAGCUACGCUCCAUCAAUGCACUAGGCACUAACAUGAACAUGGCCGGAGGAGGGGUGGGCGUGCCCUCAGAGACCGGCAUGCUCUCGGACUCAUCGCUCCCCUCGUCGCUCAACAA